CAUACUCUGCUAGGCCCCGACACUGACAUGGCAGCCUCUGUUGUGCUUCCGCGUAUCGUUCUGAUCGCGUGCUGAAUUUGUGUGAAAACUAAAAACCAGGACGCUCUUCCGCUUUCUCCUCCUUGCCAACGAAACAAAAAAUCGGCGCAAAUGUAAACUUCGGCAAAAAACAACAGCGAAAAGACAGUGCGCUGGAUACUUGUUGAAUAUUGUUUUAACCCAAGAGGUCUGAGGUCGGCAAAAGGUGAUCAUCAUAUCAUUGUCGUAACAACAAUCGGUGAGGCUGUUCUUUAGGCACACACACACAGAGCACGUUCUGUGAGGCAAUUAUUAUGGUGCUAGCCGUCUUGAAGAAUGUAUGCCAAGGACAAGGAAACGGCAAAAGAUAGUUACAUGUCUAUCGCCAGAAAUGAGUUACGCCCUAUACAACUGAGCACUUGGGAGAAAUAAUUUUCUAACGUCGAAACUUUAUAUCUUUACAAUGUCUGUCGAAGAUGUAAAAGAAGUGGAGGUUCUUUAUGAUUAUACAUACUCAGAUGAUACUGGAACGGUGGAGAUACAAGAAGGAGAUGUGUACAAACUGUUAGAAAAAACAAACGACGAGUGGUGGCAUGUGUGUUCUCUUGCCAAUAACAACCCUUCUAAAGACACAGAUGGCUUCUUUGUGCCUGCACAGUAUGUUAGAAUCUUAAAGAAGAAUCUUGAUUUGGACAAUGCUUUAUCAACAUUAGAUGAUGUAUUGGAUGAAGAAGAAAAACGCAUGUCAGAGAAAUCUAUUGGGAAACUGGAUAGUGAAGACAAAACGGCAACAGUGAUUGGUUUAGAGUUACAAGACAAACAACCCACAUCAAAAACAUCUGCUAAUGGAAUGCCAGAAAUAAGGAAGAGAGAGUCAGAUGGUGAUGAUGAAUAUGUCAACUUGGCACAGUACCGUUUGGAAGCCAACAUUCCCUCUGUGGACAACUCAUCAGCUAAUGGUAAUGAAUCUGACUACGCCAACCUCCCCUAUCAGCAUGCCCAGCCAUGUGAUCAAAUGCCCAAGCUGCAGGAUGGAUUAUUUGUGAAAAUUCUGGUGGAGGACAUGCCUUGGGAUGUUUAUGAUGACCACAGUGGGAGAAGGUUCUUCCAUAACCGUGACACAGGAGAGCUGACUUGGAAACCGCCUCGAAAAGAAAAGCCAGCUAGUCCACCGCAGAAGUCACCUGUUCCUGCAAAUGACAGAGAAAGAUCACAAGCAGAAAGGGGUGAAGCAGGCUUUGACACAGACUCCCUUAAUGAGUAUGAACAGGUAGACGAAAAUGGAGAUGUGUUUUAUGUUCACAAAGCAACACAAGAGAGGUGGCAGCAAUUGGUGGACCAGGGAGGACGCUCAUACUUUCAUCGCCUGGGUAGCAGCGAUACUUUAUGGGAGUUGCCAGCUUCUGCGCGAUCUAUGUCUGAGAGAUCUGGUUCCAAAAGUUUGGAUCGAAGAGCAGACUAUCAGGGCAGCAGCUUUCGGCAGAGCACUUUCCUGACUCGACAGUCGAAAUCUAAAUCCAUGUAUGGAAAAAUUGAUGUCCCAAGUGAUCUGGAUGUGACCAAGCUUGGUUCUCAGCCACCCAGCUUUGUACCAGCGUCAGGACUUGAGAAAAGCCCCUCUCUCCCCUCCUUCCAGCUGCCGCUCCCUUCUGCACACAGGUUUGAGGACCAGCUCAGUGGCUACCUUAAUAAAGCAAAGAUUGCAGAGGCUGGCAAGAAGAAAGUGAAAAAAAGUUGGAAUCAGACCUUCGUUGUGCUUCAGUCGUCCAACCUGGUAUUCUAUAAAGACAGCAAAGCAGCGGCACAGAAACCGGGGUCCCCACAUGGACGUCCAGAGGGGGUCAUCAGCCUUCUCGGGGCCAAGAUCAGCUUCAACCCUCCACGAGAAUUCACCAGCAAACGGAAUACAAUCCUGGUGUGUGUGUCACAGCAGGAAAUCAGUUUCUUCUUCAAGAGUGAAGACGAAAAGCUCAUUCAUGAGUUUUUGUUCAGAAUGAAGAUGGUUGCAAAUGACAUUUCACAGGAUUUGUCACCUAGAGAUACAGAGGGUACCCUCAGUAGACCAGGUAUCACCCGAAGCCAAUCGUCAGAAGAGGGCAGCUUGGGAGUCAACAUGGACAAAGGCCGCAGCAUGGUGGGCAUCAAGGCCAAGCUACUCAACUUCAUAUCCCGUCGACCUACACAAGAAGACCUUGUGAAGCGAGGCAUUAUCAAAGAUUCUGUUUUCGGAUCAACUCUUCAGAAUCUAUGUGAAAGAGAUAAAUGCAGUGUUCCUACAUUUGUGCUGGAAUGCAUCACGGCUGUGGAGAAUAAAGGUCUUGAUCAUGAUGGAUUGUACCGCAUCAGUGGCAACUUGGCAGAAAUUCAACGGCUGCGAUAUGUCAUUGAUAAAGAUGAUACUCACAAUCUGAUGGACCCCCAGUGGGAUAUCCACACACUCACAGGUGCUCUGAAGCUGUUCUUUCGUGAGUUAAAAGAGCCACUUUUCCCCUUCAAGAGCGUCAACAAGUUUCUUGAUGCCGCCAGAAAGGAAACUUCUAAAGAAAAAUUGAAAGCCUUUAAAGAGGCACUGGCCUCCUUACCUAAAAGCAACUUUGAAACCAUGCGUGUCCUCUUCCAGCAUUUGAAAAACGUGGUCCACUUCAGUCAGGAAAACCGAAUGCAGGUGCAGAAUGUUGCCAUUGUCUUUGGUCCCACCCUCAUGUGGGCUGAAGGUGACCUGAGCAAUAUGGCUGUACUGACCAUGUGCCAGAGCAGGGUCGUUGAGUACAUGCUUCUUGAGUAUGAUGCGCUCUUCCAGUGAACAUUCUGAUUUUCAGCAAGUGGAAGCUGUGUACAAGACUUUUGAGGGAGAUUAGUUUAAGUGACCUCUAAAAGAUGCUGCAUUUGUGAUGACGUGAGAGAGGACUCAAUGCAACAUGCAGAACCAAUAAGGCAAUACAUCACUGACAAUUGUGGCUUAAGUGCUGCAAGGGGCUUCCAGAAGACAGUACAUUCCUAAGGAUGGUGCAGAGUGAUUGGAUCAUGGAUUGCCUUAACUUUUGAUAGCUGGCUUGGCUUCAUUAGUUACACAGCUUCAGCCAAAGUUGAACUCUUUCAUGGGGACCCUUGUGAAAACUUUGUUUCAUUCUGAGACUGUGCAUCUUCAGAAAGUGUGUUUAGUCCUUAGUGUUCUUUCAAUGUGGAGCGAAAAUGCUUUCAUUAGCAAAUCAACAAAUUUAUCUCCCAGAUUUCAAAAGGGAAAGAAUGUGCAGAAAACGAUGCUAUUAACUUCUUUCAAGAGUCGUCUAUAUAAGGUGUUCUCUUGCUUUUUCCUAGGUAGGAAGAUAAAGUCUAAAAGUCACUGUUCCUAACCUUGCUUGCAGCCAGUCAGAAAUGACUACCUUGUCAAAAAUACCUCAUCAGCAGCUUCCUCAGCAUCAUUCAGAAAUGUCAGUCUGACCUUGGACGUAUUCAGGGUGACAGUGGUGGCUCUCAUUCCUCAGCUUUUCAAAGUUUUUCCAGGAAAAAUGUACAAAUUUUUUCAGAAGAUAAAUAAACAGCUGUACAUUAAAUUCACAUUCCAAUACAUGUGAGAUUAGUAUUCUCAUACAAGUGAAGAUGAUGAAGGAAGUGGUGCCAUUUGUAUUUAGGUUUUAAAAAUGCAUAAUAUUUGAGGGUGGGAGGUAAAUAUGGCUGUAGGGAAACGUGGUGGUGGAUAGUGAGGGUUACAAUGAAGCCAACAUUCCAGAAGUCUUGUUGAUAAAGAAGGUAAGAUAAACAGCAGCAGGGAGAUUACUACUUUGAUUUCCUGUUGCUGAAAGACACCCUGUGGCUGGUAGUAUGAUGCUAUACUGUGAUUCUAUGGGGCGCCAAGAGGGGAAUUUUCUCUAAUUUUCUCUCUAUAGCUUUACAAUGCAGUUUGUACUUAUAGAAUUCAUUCUAUAGCUUUACAAUGCAUUAUAUAUGUAUAUAAUGCAUUUUAUAUUUAUACAAUUUAAUUCUAUAGGUAAAGAAUGCAUUUUAUAGCUAUACAUUUCAUUCUAUACAUACUUGGCACCCCAUAUGCUUCAUGCAGUGUGACUGUGCUGUACCACAGUAGACUGGGCUAGGAUAAGCCUAGGUGGCUGAUCCAAAAUAUAGCAUUUUUACCAAAUGUUGCAUGAGAACUAUAGCAUCUCUAUGUUGGCAUAAAGUUAAAGAAGCCUUUCAGAUAUCUUACAAAACGAUUAUCAUUACUUUUCAUCAAAGCACACCACCUUACAAACUUCUUCUGUUGCCAUAGGAUACUGUGCUUUUUGUAAUAUUAAACUUAACGGGUGAGUAAAAUAUACUUACACUUUCUUAAGAAAACAGUGUCUUGCCAAUGUUGCCAGCCUUGAUUUUCCAUACACAGUGACUGAAAAUAGCAUGUACAGUGACUGCAAAUAGCAUAUACAGCAACUGCGGAUAGCAUAUAUGCCCUUGCAGGAUGUGUGGUCCAACAACUGCACAUUCCAAGUUACUAGUUUUGUCUCAGUUGAUGAUGUCUGCUUUUGAAUGGUGAGGUUAGGUGCUUUUGUAAUACAGUAAAACCUCUCUAUUAAGACCUUCGGUAUUGCAACUCCCUUCUUAGAUACGACCCCAAACAUUUUCCUUUGUUGUCCUGUAAGGCUGGAGGCUCUUCGUGUAUUAAUUGCAUAUGCAGAUGUUUCGCUAACCUGAAACAGAAACAUUUAUUUAGCCUGCGCCAAUUUGACCUUUGAUGUUGGGACAAUGUUGUUAUGGUGGGGUGAAUUCGACUCAGGCAGGAGGUUGAUAUAGCUGGGGUAAAUUGGGUUUUGGUUGGAAUGAUCAACUCCAGUUCAUUGUUGUCUUCUAACCAGCCCAUAUCAGUCGAUUGUGCUUUGUUAACAACCUUUUGCACAAGUCAUAUGUUUAUAAAAAAACAAAGAUUCUUGCGACCGACUGUUUGUGUUUUAUUGAAAUGGUUUGCACAAAUCAUGUUCAAAAAUAGAAAUAGGGCAUUUUUAAGAUGGCGUGAUUAUCUAUCACAGCAUACAUGGACUAGUCGGUUGCCUGAUCUUUAGUCAAGUUUAGCAAUGGCAGAAUAAGCAAGAUGGAAUGAAAGUGAAACAAAUCAUCUUAUGGUUUCUAAUAGCUUUAUUUUAACAUUUCAAUAAAUUAACUGUAAUUGGUUCAUGGAAUAAAAGCAGACUUCUUGAUCUUCCUACUACAAUCUCUCAGCUAUGACCUGAUUUUGGUGGAUUUUUAUGAGUCUUGCUAGGGAGGUUUUACUGUAGCUUUGUCGGCUGAGCCCUUAGAGGAUUGCAAGAUGAGUCUUAUUGUUCAGUGUAGUGUGGAUUGUGCUGUCCUUUUUAUAAGUAACAGUAAUUAGUCUCUCAUUGUUCACUGUAAUGUGGAUUGUGCUGUCCUUUUUAUAAGUAACAGUAAUUAGUCUCCCAUUGUUCACUGUAAUGUGGAUUGUGCUGUCCUUUUUAUAAGUAACAGUAAUUAGUCUCCCAUUGUUCACUGUAAUGUGGAUUGUACUGUCCAUAGGUGAAAGUUAUAUGACUUCCCUUGGAAGGGCUGAUAUUAAUAACAGAACCUAAGCUUUGAUAGCAAUAAAUGUUUUCUCAAGAGUUUUUCCCCAUAAUCAUUCCUCCCUCUUAUGACAAUGGCUGCAGGACAAUCAGUGUCUGCCAUGUUUGCUCAUUGCUUCAUGAUCAGUCUACACAGAUUAUGUUAGGCAACGCUUCAUUGAGUUAGCAAACCUUCAGAAAGCUUUUAUAACCAGAAAUGUAGUCCUCUUGUGAGAUGCUUAUAAAGGUAUGUAGAUUUUGAUGUUUGAAGUGCUGGAGCAUAUUAUGAUUGUGUACCUGCAGCAUAUAACACAUCUGACUGACGCUGUUGCUUACUUAAUGUUAGUGGGGAGGUGAAAUGGGUCUGCCACAUCUGUUGGAUUGCAUAUUUCAAGCUUCACUAUUAGUGUCUAUACUGCUUUCUUAUCAUGGGACUUAACUACCAAAGUGGGUGACCUCGAGGAGGGGCCAAAGUAGCCUGCUAGUGUGCUGUUGACAGAAAUGAAAUGAAUGAGAUCUUACGAACAUGUAUGCAUGAUAUCUGUCCUUCACGUGACAUGUCCAAGACAUGUCGCCAGUUUUUCCUUUUGGAGAUGUUGAUCUUGUUAGCAUGUACUGGCAUUAUGCAGUAUAGGUAUGCACAUACAUAAUUAUAGAGCAUGUUGAUCUGGUCAUUGGGAACUCCUAUAGUACCUAUGUGUAAGCAGUAUAAAGUUGAUUUUGUUGCACGAGUGCUUGAGGGUCAUUGCAGAAGUGAGAAAUCGGCGUCCACUUGUGAAAAGACAUGCUUGUGCUCAUGUCUAUUAGUAGCCAGUUUGUAAGUACUUGGUAGUGUCAUAAGGAGCUAACAUUAUACUCAGAUUUUUGUACUUUCUGCAUCCAAAGUUUGUUUAUUAAGAAGCUAAGGUAUGCUUCAUAUGCUGGGUGUCAUCACAACACAUCCAUGUCCUCUGUUACAGAACUGUUUGUAGACUAGCAUAGGGGACUUAACAGUUAAGCUGAAAAAAGCUACAACAGUAUGUUUUAGCUUUUGAGGCUAACACAACUAUAUCCUAAGUGAAAAGACAGGCUGUGAGCUCAGCAGAAAUACUUGUCAUGCUUGGCAUGCAGUUUGGAUGCAGAAUGCAACUGCUUCUGACGUAGACCUGAUUGAGUACAACUCAGGACUGAGUAGUACAACAUAUGAUUGAGUACAACUGAGUUUAUGAGGUACACAUAACUUGUUAGGUGUGCUGGAAUGUGAGUAGAUGAGACAUUUGUCUUCCUUUUGGGGAGUUUGAGUUUGCUUGAGUACUGCUUUUUAUGCCUGAAUGUUUUCUGAGUGGUGUACAUGACUGAAAAAAUGUGCCUACUAUCUGUUGUAUCGACAUAUUAUAAAUGCUGUUGGUGUUGAUGCUCAUUAUGACUAUUACUGUACAAAGUAUUACAUACCUAAGAUGUGUAAGGCAUGCUAUCAAAUGUGAGGUACACCUUUGUCAAGGGAGAUGUGUUAAUAAUGAGGACAGGCAAGAAGGUCAGGAGGUCACACCUAUGAAGUACACAUCACAUGCUUCAUAGACAGCAGGAGUUGAUGUGAGGAUAUAGUUAUAUGCAGUAAACUAAGCCAAAGUGCACACAAAUUUUGUCACUAUUUUGGAUUUGUUUUCUAAUCUGGAAUAUUGCAUGAAGCCAGUUGGUCUGUGACCUCCACAACUGUUCUUGUCCUGCUGUUUGGUACCACUUUUUUAUUCUUGUUCAUUUUGUACUGGCAGUGUCUUCUUGUGUGAAACAGAAGCUAAAAAUAAUGUAAAUCUGUUGGGAUUAUGGGGACUACAGUUGUUUCACAGUCUUUAAAGUACUGAAUGCUUCAGGCUGUGUGGAAGCUAUGAGAGCUGCAAUGUGAGCUACUGUCUUUCUGCUGAGAGAAACAAAAACAGCUGUUUGCGAAACUCAAAACCAAGAGUCAAGGCUGCCACAGUUUUCUUAUUUAGUUGCUACUCUGUGAUGAUCAACCCAUUUGUUUCCAUAGCUGGCUGUUACUCCUAGAAAUGUUCUUGUUACUAACACAUAGUUCUUGUUAUUGCAAUAGUUCUUGUUAUUACUGUAAACUGUGUUUCCCUGCUCUUCCAAUAAUUCAGGGCAGUGUUGAAUUUUCGUCAAGUUACUAUGCAUAAAACAUUUACAAAACAGUGGUUGUUAGAAUGACGUGAUGAUUGAAAGGAUGAGUCGUCGGGACAGUUUGUGUUGACAUUGUCGUUUUAUUCUUUGCCUUUUUCUCAGUGUAAAUGCAUGCAAAGAGAUAAAGGAAAAUCAUUUCUUCUCCUUGAAAAUGUUUUCUAGAUGAGUGGAUGACAAAUGGUAUGGUUUUCUGAAUUGUGAGAAACAACUGACUUUGGACUACUGGGUUUUUCUAGUCCACAUGUACAGCUAGCAUGACUUUUGAACAGGCUUCUUCAUAAGCAGCUUGUGUUUACACGCUCAACUACUAUAGUAUCUGAGAAGGCAUUGAUGUAUUUUCACUCAAGACUUAAUUGGUUGAAUGUUUUUUUUAUGUAUUGUUAACUUUACCAUUCCUUGUGUACGUGUGCCUGUGCAUAUAUAUGUGUACUGUAUCUGUAUUUACACCAGUCGGCCAGUUGCUUUGGCUUUUUAGGUAUGCUUGAUGCCAAAGAGAGCAAGUAACUUUGGAAGAAGAGCAUCUGACUACAAGCUAUGAAAUGGUGAUGAAUAGUGGAGAAACACUAUAGAUCUGACAUAAAGGAAAACCCUGGAGGUGGAGUUAACUUGGGCUUACAGAAUAGUUGUGUAGCCUCAUAAAGGAGAACCAUGGAGAUAGAGUUAACUUGGCAAGAAGCAGAGUAUGAGAAAACUGAGGAAUGAUGCUCUUCAGAACUGCUGAGAGUGGGAAAUAAAAUAAAGGUCUACAUUUCUGGUUGUUUUUGCUUAACAUGAAACAAGUAUAGUCAGUAAGUUGAUAAGGACAGCUCAAGAAAAUCCUUAUCUCUGUGUUUCUCCAUCUUACAUGCACUCUACACUGUGUGUACACUUAGUGUUAUGGUUUACAUAGCAAACUGUUAUAAGUAGCAGGAGAACACAUAAGAUCUUUUGCAACAGAAUUUGCCACAAAUCUUAAAGCUGUUUUGGAUGACCUUUAGAGAUCUUGACAAUUCUCCUUAACAAAAGAAGUUCGUAGCUAUCACCUGUCAUAGUUAUCACCUCUUGUAGCUUAAUAUAAAGGGAAAGCACAUGGUCGGCUGCAGCAGAGGAUGAUGUGAGAAGACCACUCUGAUUUGUGCAGCAGAAGAGCAUCAGAAAGUUUUUACUUCUUUACUCAGAUAAUGUAAGACUUCCAAUAAAUUACCACCAAGAAA